CGCCUGCACAUUCUCUCUCUCCCUCUACAAAUAUUUCUUCUUCCUUCUGAAACUUCUGUGUGGUAAAAAAAAAGGGUAAUAUUUUGAUAUAAAGAGAAGCCAAGAAAAAAACUAUUUGUUGUGUGUUUUUAAUAUAUUGAGUUUGAAAUGGUUUUGUUUUGUGAAAUCUUUCUUGGUGAAGAAGGUAACCUAGAAGACGGAGAGUGGGUUAUCGAAAGAUAAUAAUAGUAAUCAAAUCUCUUCAAGAAAUUAAGUUUUUAUUUUAUUUUCAAGUCCUUCCUCUGUUUCAAAAGAUCAUAAGCUUAGUUUGCGUUACCAUCUCAUAUCUUUCUACAGAUUUUAAAUCGAGAAAACCAUGACCACAAGUCUACUAAGCGAUCCAACGUUGCUAAUCUCAACACCAGAGGUCAUGAUCAACUCUCACCAGCCGUCUCAAGCGCCAACAACACAACUCUCAUGCGACGAGUCAGAGCACGUGACGUGUGACUGUUGCGGAUUAACCGAGGAGUGUACACAAUCGUAUAUAGAGAUGAUCAAAGAACGUUACAUGGGGAAAUGGAUAUGUGGUCUAUGUUCCGAAGCUGUGAAGUACGAAGUCAUGAGAGCUAAACGAUUGCUAACUACAGAGGAAGCUAUGGCAAGACACAUGAACACGUGUUACAAGUUCAAAUCCUCAAGCCCACCUCCUAAUCCUACAGGACACUUGAUCUCAGCCAUGAGACAGAUCUUGAGAAGAAGCUUGGAUUCUCCAAGGAUGCCUAGAUCAAUGCCUAGUAGUCCUUCUAAAGAUGAACAUGAUGAUUGUGUUCCAAAUGUUUUGUCUAGGUCUGAUAGCUGUUUCGCCAGUUUGACCUAAAAAAAAAGCUCAUUAUUGGAAGAAAAAAAUAAGUUUUUAAACCGGGUGAUAACCGUCGGUUUAAGGACCACCACUUGGUAAGGAUCCGGUUUUCAGAUAAUUAACCAAAAUUGGUCUAUGUAUAUGUUUUUUUUUUGCCGGAGUUGUUUACCUGUGGAAAGUUUUUGGCUAAAUGCUUAUAUGUAUAAGUCUUGCUUUGUUUCUUGAUUCUUCCCAAUUGCUAAUGACUUUUGUCAUUGUGUGCUUAGUAGUUAAACAAGAACAAAAUAAUGUUGAUACUAUUCGAUUAAAGUUUGAUGAUAGAAAAGGAUAUUCUUACUACUUGUAUCAUAUUGAAAAGAC